GGUCUGAAAUUUUACAUCUCGGUUUGUUAGGUUGAUUGAUUGAUGCAUUCCACCCCCUUAUUUAUGUCUAAUUCUUACCCAAAAUGCCUUCCAUCCCUCAUCCCUUGGGGUUUUUUCUCCGUUUUUCCCGCAAACUACCCCCCAUGAAUUCUUGCCCGUUCUCCCAUUAUUAAGGUUUUGAAGAAUCGGCAUAGUAUUUUUUUUUUGUCGAAGGCAGUCUCAUCUCAACUUUCCCCUUUCUCAUUCGUCUAAAUAUAGCAACCCCUUUUCGUUUGGAGCACUGCGAUUUCCGUUCUGGAAGUCUGGUUAGCUUCAGCGCUCCCUGAUUUUUCUAAAGAUUUUUGUCUUGUUUAACGGAUUAUUGAAGAAAAGUAGCUUUCAAAAAGGUAUGCUCCAGCGCGGAUCUGACUUUUAUUGUCCCUAGCUUGUACGUGAACACGCAUGGAAGAUGCUUGCCGUGCGCUAUAGCGUUAUUGCCUGGUCACUGCAUUAAUGAUCUCGUGUAAACAGAUAGUGGUUGGGGUGAAUGGUUGUGCACAGUGCCGUUUCGGAUUUGGAGUGCCAGCCAUGGGACAAAGAAAGGUUAAAAUAAGCACACAAAAGAUGAAACACGCACAUGAUAGCGGUAUUCCAGUUCCAUAAUCAUCAUGGGAACAUUAGGUUUGUUCGGUUAUCUGUUGAUAGUGGAACCCAGCCACUCUUUGGUCGCAUGGAAAAAAAAUCUUCAUGGGAACGCUAGAGAUAAAUUAGGAAGAAAGGAGUGAAUACAUGGGUUUGCCUAUGUCUUGAUGUAAGUUACUGCAAUAUAUCGCACUAGUGGAGUGCCCGUGCGUUGCUACGGCUUGACAAGACCAUGAGCUACAUUAAUUUUCUGUGUAGCAAGCCCACCCAUGGAUAUCCGACCUCGAUGGUUAGGUCAUGGGUUGCCGUUUAUGCCUAUGGGUCGCCGAUUAUUGAUGUGUAGGGUAUGGAUACAGUUUAUACAUGUGGAUAUUCGUAUAGUCAAUGUCCUUUCUAAAGUAUGCUGCUACAUAACUUUGAUCUGAUCAGGAUAUCCAUCUUACUAAGCUUCUCUUUUCUUUCUCUGAAAAAUUGCUACCAUCUAUCAUGAUAGAAAUGGGCGAGUCCUAAUUUUAUCUAACACAUGUUUCCGUUGAAUAGUCUACAACUCUACAAUUUGUUGAUGCCUAUAUAUAGGUUCAGAGACCUCAAAUACCACUUAUAUAUCUACUUUUUCUUUUUGCGGGUGUCUUAUAUAUCUACUUCUGACAUGAAGCUCUCUAUCUCUUACUAUUAAACUUCUACCUCUCCUUGCUGCUAUAUACAUGAUGCUAUGUUGUUUUUUCUGAGAAUACUAAUCUCCUCUAAGCAUACAAAUCUGAUGGGGACAAAAGAAAUCCAUGAUAUGCUAACAGGCCACGUAUAUCUCUAUGUCUCUAUACAACAGGAGGACUAAUCUCCUCUAAGCAUACUGAAAUUCUAAAGUGUGUGUGUCCAUGCAUAUCUCUAUACACAGGAGGACAAACUCUAAAGCUGAUAAGAGUAGGUGCAAGAAGUGCCUAAACCAUUAAUGGUUAACUCAAAAAUAUAUUCCCCUUUUCUCAUCAAAUCCCUAUUUUAUACUCUUACUUCCAUUCAGCAGAUCAGCACACCAACAAUCAAGAAAGCAAUUUUAUUUCAAUUCUUGGUGCCGUCAAGUGCAAGGUCUCACCAGAUUGGUAAGUGACUUAAGGAUGUGCUAAUCUGAUUGGAGAUAUCCUUAAUCUCCAUUGAAUUUGUCCUGCUCUCCUGGUCUUCUAGUUUCCCCAUCCUUGCUCCAUGCGUCUUGCAGGCGCCACCACCACCUCAAUCCCAAUUCCCCCCUUCUGCGCCACCCCUUCCUAGCCCCUGCUUUCUUCCUCUCUCCCCACUGGUGCUUGGAACUCCAGCCAGCAGCCAUGACUCACAGCUUAAUUCCUUACAGGGAUUUGCUAUGGUGGUGAUGAAGAGAGGGUCAAGGUCUCCCAUCGCUGUCCCGGUGCUUGAUUUUUCUAGGUCUCCACCAUAGCCUCCAAGCGCCCUGGCCGCUGGAAUCGAGGGCGCGCAAGAGGCGCUAGCAAGGAGGGGCUCAUGGGCCCUAGCCGGGGGAAUCAACGGUGAGCAGGGGCGUUGCGUGGGAGGCUCGGACCUUGACGCCGGAAUAGACGGCGCGCACGGCCCUAGCCGCUGGAAUUGACGGCGAGCAGGUCCCUGGCUGAGGGAAUACGCUUUUGAUGCGGAAGGGCGACCAGGUGACGCGCGCUGGUCCGGCUCGAGCAGGUUCAUGGAGGGGUGGCCGGGCAGCGCGAGCAGGCAGAGAGCGGGUGCGUGGAGGGGCGGGCGGGCGGCGCGCGGCAGGACGCGGCGGUGUUGUCUGCAGGCACGGCAAGGAAAAAAAAGGAAAGAGAAAAGAAACGUUGAUAGGCGCAGGGCGUGAUAUUUUACCGCGCGGGACGUACGUCGACGACGACACCCAUACCAUCACCACCAACUCCAAUUUAAUAUAUUGGUAUAGAUACUGCAAUAUUUUAGAGGAAGGACCUGUGCUCCAGAUUUCAUUAACUAAAUCGAAGUCAGUUACAAGAUCUAGAGUUUCAGCAAACGAGGCAAAACACAUCGAGCCAGGAUUAUGCAUGCCUGAAACUCAACCAAAACAUGGCUAUGUCAUAGCCGAACUGAAACAACACAUAACGGAAGUAUCAUGAAACAGAAUAUCACCUCCAGGUCAUCCAUUUUGCAGGUGCGUCACGUUCAAGGCCCAACCAUUUGGAAUAUAGCACAUGCAGAGUACUCUUUUCAAUUGCAAUAAAAUCAUGUGAAGUGAUUCAUUGGUUUUCUCUCUUCUUCUUUUUGCUGUAUGAGAGCUUCGAUUCUUUGUGAUCGAGUACUUUUCUUCUGUGAAACGUUGUUGCAUAAAGUAGCACAGCAGGUGAAAUGCUUUAUCUUAUGGUUAGGAUUUGGUCUUGACACCUUUUGCUGUGCAUCAAAGUAUUUUGUUGUGCUUGCUAGUUGUCUUUCACACUUGGGCAUGUGGCAGCAUGAGUCAUGAAAGUAAUGUUAACAGUAAGCCGCUAUUUUCUUACCAAGAAUUAUUACCUCAGUGGCAUGACAAGAAAUGUGCCAUUGCUUGUCUUAGUUUAUCCAAAGAUAGUGUGCAUGUUGACUUGAAUAUAGUUAAUUAUCUAUUAAAUGUGUUUCUUUCAACCAUGUAUUUAAAUUUAUGCAAGUUGCACACUCAAAGUUCUUUUUUCAACCGAUAGGUGCACACUCAAAGCUUGUUCAUACAUGGAUCUAUAUUUCUUUAUGAAGCAUUAAUGUGCGAGCAUAUGUUAAUAUUUGCGGCGUCCUUUUUGUUUUAAUGAGUGAAGCUAUUUGCUUGUUAACAAGGAUUAUGUAUCUCUUUAUGAAGCUUGCAAAUUGUUUUAGCAAGCUGAAUUUAAACCUAGCAUGGUCAGCAACUGCUGAAAAUGUGAAGCCACCAAUGCCUAUAAAGAGAAGAUGCAAAAAAAUAUGAUAAAGCUUAAAAACUACUAUCAGUCAGACACCAUAGCAAAGACGUUGUAGGCAGCCUCACGUAUUAGUAGAUGGUCAAGAAAUUUGAUUGUUUGCUCUCCAAUCAUGGUCACAUAAUAAACAUCGCUGUAUAGCUGACAUUGAUAGGCAUGGAUGUGAGUAAUUUCUUUUUGGUUCAUUUCAUUACAUGCUCACUGCCUCUAGAGUUUGGCAAGUUCUAGAUGAGUUUCGAUGCCAUUAAAGAAGGUAGAAUCUUGACGAGAUUAAUCCAUGCUUCUACAGGAUGAACUAAGACUAAAUUAAAUAAAAGAUCACUCAGUUAAAUACUUAAAUCUCAUAAUCUCAUGAUCACAAACAAUUCAUGCAGUAGCAAUGAAUCCAGUGAAGAAAGGCCAAGGCCAAUGAAGGACAAAGCUCCACAUUUGGUAACCUGGAACGAGCCAAACUCUGGCAAAACUGGGUUCUUAUAUAUUGAAGAAAAAGGAACACUCAAGUCAAUGUCCAUCAAUCUCAGCUUUGCAGCAAUGUUUCCCGUACUUGUCACAUGGUCAUGAAUGGGAAAAGACCAAUCAAAUUUCUUGCUCACCAAUUCUGUCAUGAGGCUGGCAACAAUGGACUAGUGAGUGAUGUCUGAUUGAGAGGAUCUUUUAAGCUUCAUCGUGAACAUUUUUGCAUCCCUCUUAGAAAACUUUUCAAACAAUUGUCAGCCGCAUUAGGUUCAAAUUCAGCCUGUUAGACCAUUCCCAGCAUCAUAAAAGGAAUCAAUCAUCACUAUUGUCCUCAAAUAAACGCUCCUACCGAGCUUAACAAAGCCGAAGCUUUCACUCAUUAUAUUAAUUGAUGCUGAUUUAUUCAGACCAACCGGUACAGUUGAACCCACUGAGUUUAACAAGCAUAUAGCUUUGACUCAUUGGAUUAAUUGAUGGUGCAAAUAGAAUUAAAUAUACCAUGUAUGCCUGAUUUCUUGGGGAUGUUUUAAGUUGUAUUCAUGUUUUUUGGCAUCUAAAAUGCUUUGAUUGUUGUACCUGCUUACAUGUGCAAUACGUGCAGUUGAAUAGAAAAACACAUCUCUUUCCAGAAAAGAGUGGUACAUGUUCUUUUUAUCUUUAGGCUCCCUGAUAUGAUCUUUCGGACGCAAUAAAGCAGGUGCAAAGGCCUUAGCAGGAAUUAACCUUGGGAGCUUCCUCUGUCCUACCAUGUAAUGUGCAUUUCAUUUCUGUUCACUGUGAUAUAAAUGCAGCUCCAUUGCUUUCUGCUAAAAAAGGAAGUUUUUGCAGGACAUAGGAUUUAUGUUAUGUUGUUUGUUCUUUGUUUUAGAAAAGACAAAAGCUUUGCAUCUCAAUGCAAUCUUGUUUGUUCUUUUGUUGAGUCUUUUUCGUACAUUUGAAGAUUUGCCUGAUUGGUUUCAUGAUCAUUAUCCUACAUAGCCUUUUCCAACAGACAAAUCAAGUUUUUCCAUUUAUGUUCCUUUGCCUUACAUUUUGGGCAUUUAGUGUCAUCACUUAUCAGUAAAAUAACACUGGGAUCUUUUGUGGUUACUUAUUGUGCAUAUUAGUUUUAGCACGAAAAUAAAGAGAAGUACCAUUCCUGAAGGACAUCGUAAUUCCACACCAGUUUCUUCUGACAGUGGACUACUGGGCUCACACCACAUUGAAACUUCAAGCAGUUCAAGUGCAAGGUUGGCUCUUGGGAGUUCAGCAAAAGCAACCUGAGGAUUUGGUUCUUGGGUUACUUUGUGAGAUAAUACUCCACCAAAUAUGGUGGCCUCUCUGGACAACGUGAGAGGCUUGACUUUAGCAAUGUCAUCCAGUGCAUUCAUCGGUUCAAGCUUUGUGAUCAAGAAAAUUGGGCUGAAGAAGGCUGGGGAUUCUGGGGUAAGAGCAGGUUCUGGAGGUCAUUCAUACUUGUAUGAGCCAUUAUGGUGGCUGGGAAUGAUAACUAUGAUUCUGGGCGAGGUAGCAAACUUUGCAGCAUAUGCAUUUGCCCCUGCCAUACUUGUUACUCCUCUAGGAGCUCUGAGCAUUAUAUUUAGUGCAGUGCUUGCACACUUCAUCCUGAAAGAGAGGUUGCAUAUGUUUGGUAUUGUUGGUUGCAUCUUGUGUGUUGUUGGUUCUGUGGGUAUAGUUUUGCAUGCCCCAAAGGAGAGAAAGAUUGAUUCAGUAGGAGAAAUAUGGCAUCUUGCUACUCAGCCAGGUUUUAUUGUUUAUUCAUGUUUGGCUGUGGUUGGCGCUCUUUUUCUGAUCUUCUGGGCUGUCAAACGCUCUGGACACAGGAAGAUGCUUGUUUAUAUUGCGAUAUGUUCACUAAUGGGAUCUCUCACGGUUAUCAGUGUAAAAGCAGUUGCUAUUGCCUUGAAGCUUUCAUUUAGUGGAUCAAAUCAAUUCAUCUACAUUCAGACGUGGUUCUUCAUAUCUGUUGUCUUUGUUUGUUGUUUGGUACAGUUGAACUAUUUAAACAAGGCUCUGGACUCGUUCAAUACCGCUGUGGUCUCUCCUGUAUAUUACGUGAUGUUCACCAUUCUUACUAUUCUUGCUAACAUGAUUAUGUACAAGGACUGGGUCUCACAGAGUGCAACACAGAUAGCCACUCAACUUUGUGGGUUUGUGACCAUUGUCGCAGGAACUUUUCUACUGCACAAGACAAACACAAGCAACACCGAUAGCCGCCAUGUGGGGAGUGCACCAACACCUUCGCCGCCACCACCACCUCAAAUUUGUAUAGAGGAAUGAAGUGUGCUCUCAAGUCAUUAACUAACUUUAGCUCCACGCGGAGUGUUUUGGGAUCUCUUUGGAGUACAGCGGAUUUUGUGGGAUUUUCAACCAGUUCAUCCUGGCAGGAGCAGAAAAGGUAUCCCGUGUUGCAAAAGAGCCGUGCUGUUUGGCGAUCUUGCUAGCUACAUUAUCUUGUAAAUUUUGGGUUCCCUCCCGUCAGACUUGCAUGAUUACUCUUUUCUACUGGUAGCACAUAGUGGUGGUGUUAAAGGUUUCCAUUUUCCUUGUACGGCGGAAAUGUAUGAAUACAGAGCCUUGAGGCCCUUGACAGCAUAGGACUUCAAAUUUAUUUAGUUUUAGAAAAUGGAAGCUUUAUAACCUUGGCCUCCGCAUCUCCACGAAGGAUGCAUAUGCUAGAGCAGUGUAGGAAACAGAGUAUUUGUGCAACCAGAUUAUUUUUUUCCGAAGGAAUACAUAGCAUUAAAUACCA